AUGGAAACGGCAGAUCACCUGUUUCUCCUAUGCCAGUUUGCGCAGGAAGUGUGGAGACUAGUCCCUUGGGAAUCAGUCUUUGAUUCAUCAGAGAGCAACUCCUUUGCGGAGGAACUAUCACACUCCACCAUCAGGCGCAAUCUCCCUCCGGUGGGCAUCACGAUCAACAUAUUUCCUUGGAUCUCCUGGUUCAUCUGGCUGAGUCGCAAUCAGUUAAUCUUCGACAAGCGACCAUCAAGUCCUCGUAGCAUCGUCACAAAGGCACUCCAGACAGCACAGGAAUGGGAGCGAGCCCAACCUCCCAUCGAUCCCCCGAAUCACCAGCUCACUACGAUCCCAUCGACCCCCGAUCUUCCACCGAUGACCUUCUUGUGCAACACUGACGGAGCCUGGCUCUCCUCCUCGUGCACCGCAGGCGUUGGCUGGAUCAUCCGAGCGGUAAAGGCACCCCCUGACUCUGAGAUUGGCAGAGGGGGUCGCUCCUUCCUGCAUGUCUCUUCGGCCAUCAUGGCAGAAGCUCUAGCAAUACGGGAAGCACUCCUCCACGCUCUCUCCAUAGAGAUCACUUCAAUCUGGCUUCGAUCAGAUGCUCAAGCGCUCAUCACAGCGAUCGUCACGAAACGGAGACCGACAGACCUCUACGGUGUUCUGUCGGACGUCGAUUUGAUUUCUUCUUCUUUUUCGUUUUGUCACUUUUCUUACUAG